AAGACAGUGCUGCUGAGAUGAUGCUGAAAUCAGAUCAAUAAGCAAACACAGGUGGUGCUGAAUGCGCUUUCGCAGUUAGAGGGCAGAUACGAAGCAAACCUGACCAUCUGUAUAAGCUAGCUGUAGUGCCCAGGUAAGAUGGCCGCUGACACAGCCAUGAGGACAGAGUUGGAGGAGCUGCAGAGACGGGCCAAUCAGGUUACAGAUGAGUCUCUGGAGAGUACCCGUAGAAUGAUGCAGCUGGUUGAAGAGAGUAAAGAUGCAGGGAUCCGGACAUUGGUCAUGCUGGAUGAGCAAGGAGAGCAACUGGACCGCAUCGACGAGGGCAUGGAUCAGAUCAACCAGGACAUGAAGGAGGCAGAGAAAAACCUCACUGACAUGGCCAAGUGCUGCGGGCUGUGUGUCUGCCCGUGUGCCAAGCUGAAGGACUUCGAGGCCAGUGGUGCCUAUAAAAAGGUGUGGGGUAACAACCAGGACGGAGUGGUGUCCAGCCAGCCGUCGUCACGUGUGGUGGACGAGAGGGAGAAGAUGACCAUGAGCGGCGGGUACAUCCGCAGGGUGACGAACGACGCGCGGGAGGAUGAGAUGGAGGAGAACCUGGCGCAGGUGGGCAGUAUCCUGGGAAACCUGCGGAGCAUGGCGCUGGACAUGGGCAACGAGAUCGACACGCAGAACAUUCAGAUCGACCGCAUCCAGGGCAAGGCUAUUGUCAACGAAUCACGUAUCAGCGAGGCCAACCAGAGAGCUCACGAGCUAAUCGCCAGAUAAACCAGAAGGGGAGAGGCGAUGUCCAACUCUUCCAUACAAGUUCUCCCAAAUACACACAUAUACACAUGAGCACACACACACUCAUCUGCACGCUUGUAAGCACUAACACACAUUUCCUUUGGCAAAAGCACAUAAAUGCUGUAUAUAUACACCCACUACAUCUCACACUUGCAUACAGACUCAUGCUCAUCAAAUACACACUUACCUCUCUCUCUUUCUCUCCCCCCCCCCCCUCUCUCUCACACACACACACACACACACACACACGCUUGCAUUAACAAUUUUUUCAAAUAUGCACUCAUACACGUGGUCAUGGACAAACACAAAGAAAGCCAUCAGGAAAUAGGAAAUGAAUGAGUCUGUAACCUUGGAACUGAGUUAGCCAUAAUGCCCUUUUCCACUUCAGAAUAUUGCUUCUCUUGUGCUUCGCUUCCUUUGUUAUUUCUCUUGGUCAUCAAUGCUCACUUACAAGUAACUGAUUCUCAGUUACGGUUUAGCCCUUUGUUUCAAAUUCAAAAGUAUGAAAAAGAGCAACCUUCCUGA